AUGGCCAGCAAUCUUUCCCAACCUGAUACCGUGCAGCUCUGCUAUGAGAAUGUGAACAGAUCUUGUAUUAAAUCUCCCUACUCACCUGCAUCUCGGGUGAUUCUGUACACAGUGUUUGGCUUUGGGUCUUUAUUGGCUAUCUUUGGAAACUUCUUGGUAAUAACUUCAGUUCUUCACUUCAAGCAGCUGCAUUCGCCAGCCAAUUUCUUGAUCGCCUCUCUGGCCUGCGCGGACUUUCUGGUGGGAGUGACCGUGAUGCCCUUCAGCAUGGUCAGGUCCGUGGAGAGCUGCUGGUACUUUGGAGCCAGAUUUUGUGCCCUUCACAGCUCCUGUGAUGUGGCAUUUUGUUACUCUUCUCUCUUCCACUUGUGCUUCAUCUCCAUCGACAGGUACAUUGCUGUGACUGACCCGCUGGUCUAUCCCACCAAGUUCACGGUGUCUGUAUCAGGGGUCUGCAUCAGCAUCUCCUGGAUCCUGCCCAUGGUGUACAGCGGAGCUGUGUUCUUCACGGGCGUCACUGGACUGGAGGAUCUAGUAAGUGCUCUCACCUGUGUGGGAGGCUGUCAAAUUGCAGUGAAUCAGAGUUGGGUAUUGGUGAAUUUCCUUUUAUUUUUCAUCCCCACCCUUGUGAUGAUAGUCCUUUACUCCAAGAUUUUCCUCAUUGCUAAACAGCAGGCUAGAAAAAUUGAGAGUCUGAGCAAUAAGACUGGGCGAUGCUCAGACAGCUACCAAGACAGAGUGGCCAGGAGGGAGAGAAAGGCUGCAAGAACGCUGGGCGUCGCAGUGCUAGCGUUUCUGAUCUCCUGGCUGCCUUACUUUCUGGAUGUCAUCACUGACGCCUUCCUAGGUUUCAUCACUCCCACGUGUGUCUAUGAAAUAUUGGUUUGGAUUGCUUAUUAUAACUCAGCUAUGAACCCCUUGAUUGAUGCUUUCUUUUAUCCCUGGUUUAGAAAAGCCAUCAAACUCAUCGUCACAGGCAAAGUCUUACGAGAGAAUUCCUCAACAGUAAAUUUAUUUUCUGGGUAA